AUGCCAAAGCGAAACUCCACGUGUGUGGCUGAGUUCCUUUUUGAAGGUUUCUCCAGCUUCGGGUGGCAGCACAGGCUUGGUUUCUUUGUUGUCUUUCUAACUUUGUACCUGCUGACUCUCUCUGGCAAUGUCGUUAUUUUGACUAUUAUUCGCCUGGACCGUCAUCUUCAUACUCCCAUGUACUUUUUCCUAAGCGUGCUGUCCAUCUCUGAGACCUGCUAUACUGUGGCCAUCAUCCCCUGUAUGCUUUUUGGCCUCCUGAGUCCUCAUCAGACCAUUUCUCUCCAAGGCUGUGCCACUCAGCUCUUUUUCUAUCUAACCUUUGGUAUCAAUAACUGCUUCUUGCUCACAGCCAUGGGAUACGAUCGUUACAUGGCCAUCUGCAACCCUCUACGGUAUUCGGUCAUCAUGGGUCAAGGGGCCUGUAUCCAGUUGGCAUCUGGGUCCCUGGGAAUUGGCCUGAGUAUGGCCAUUGUCCAGGUAACAUCUGUGUUUGGCCUGCCCUUCUGUGAUGCCUUUGUCAUCUCUCACUUCUUUUGUGACGUGAGACCCCUGUUGAAGCUGGCCUGCACAGACACCACUAUCAAUGAGAUCAUCAACUUUUUGGUCAGUAUUUGUGUCCUUGUUGUACCCAUGGGCCUGGUCUUCCUCUCUUAUGUCCUCAUCAUCUCCACCAUCCUCAAGAUUGCUUCAGCUGAGGGUCGGAAGAAGGCCUUUGCCACCUGCGCCUCCCACCUCAUCGUGGUCAUCAUCCACUAUGGCUGUGCCUCUAUCAUUUACCUGAAGCCUAAGUCCCAGAGUUCCCUGGGGCAGGACAGACUCAUCUCAGUGACCUACACAGUUAUCACCCCUCUGCUCAAUCCUGUCGUGUACAGUCUGAGGAACCAGGAUGUCAAAGAUGCUUUGUGCAGAGCCACGGGGCAAAAACCCCUCUCCUCUUAGUCAGGAGAGUCUGUGGAAGGCCUUUUCUCUCAUUUUGUAAAUAUA